AUGGCAACAAAUGUGACUGAAGACGAGCAGUUUAUGAGAACUUCAGGACAGAAUGACCCAGUGUGGGUUCAUAACGAUCCCUAUGCCAAUCGCCCAGAAUUUCAACAGUUGGAUAAGGAUUUGGAGACCGAUGUCUGCAUCAUCGGGUCUGGGAUCGCUGGCAUUUCCGUCGCCGAGCAACUGAUCAAGAGGAAGUUCAAGGUGGUCAUGAUUGAAGCCAGAGAUGCUAUUUCAGGAGAGACAAGUCGCACAUCGGGCCACUUGUCUUCAGAUCUGGACGACGGCUACACGCAAAUCACUUCUACUUUCGGUCGUGAGGGGGCUAGAAUAGCUGCUGAAUCGCACAGUUGGGCCAUUGACCAGGUGGAGAAGGUUUGUGAAGAGCUUGGGAUCGACUGUAGCUUUCGCAAGCUACCAGGCUAUAACAUCUCACAGUACCCGAAAGGGACGAAAGAACACGACCAAGAGAUUAAAGAAUUGAAAGAAGAGGUCGAGAUUGCGCAAGAGUUGGGUCUGGAUGUCCAGUUCGUCGAGAAUGCAGCAAUCCGCGGCUGGGACGGGAACGUCGACCAACGUGACGCCGCCAUAUUCGGAGGGCAGGCCACUUUCCACCCCACAAAGUACCUCAAUGGUGUGCUGAACUGGCUACGGAGACGGCGCAACUUCAAAUGCUACACGCGCACACGAAUGGUCUCGAUAGACGAACAGGGAGUCAACGUCCCUUUGACAAAUGUUCAUCUCGGACGGGACAAGGUUAUUGUAGAAACUGCCAACGGACAUAAGAUCACCUGCAACCAUGCGGUUGAAGCCACAUGCGUACCGCUGCAGAAACUCAGCUUGAUUGCCGAGAUGGAAUACAAUCGGACAUACUGCAUCGCCAUUCGCAUCCCGAAAGGGAGCGUCGAGGAUUGCCUGAUCUACGACCAGGCAGAGCAGUACAAGUAUGUGCGCCUGACCGAGUGCGAUGACGAAUGGGACUACAUGGUGGUUGGAGGAUGUGAUCACAAAGUUGGGCAAGAAGACGAAUGGGAUGGGCGCUACAAGGAACUGGAAACAUGGGCCCGGGAACGAUUCACUCACGCUGGAUCGGUGGACUAUAAGUGGUCAGGCCAGAUCUUCGAACCUGUCGAUUACAUGGCGUUCAUUGGCAAGAAGACUGGAUGCAAGCGCACUUACACAAUCACUGGCGAUUCGGGCAAUGGGCUCACCCACGGGGUGCUUGCCGGAAAGCUCAUUGCGGAUGAGAUCGAAGGCAUCGAGAACCCAUGGUCCAAUUUGUACGAUCCCAAGAACCGCAAUGCAAGUCUCGUGAGCAAGGCGCCGGACAUCCUGCAGCACGACCUGCAGAUCAACACGCAGUACAAGAGGUUGUUGCAAUCGGACAUCGAAGACAUCGAGGACCUGGGUUUCGACAGAGGUGGAGUCUUGAAUCCCAAGACCUCAACACCCGAGGCGGUUUACAAAGACAAGAAUGGCAAGGUCACUAGACUUAGCGCCCUGUGCCCGCACAUGAAGGCCGUGGUGUGUUGGAAUAACGACGAAAAGAGCUGGGAUUGUCCUGUCCAUGGCAGUCGAUUCAGCAAAUAUGGCAGCCAGGUCAUAGGGCCGGCGAAGAUGGGCCUACAGCCAUUAGACGACAAAUAA